GGAGUCUGGCCACCCAUGAGCCUCUCUUGCUCCCCCAGGUCCAAGGCUGGCCGAGCCUCAUCGAGAUGUCUGCACCACCAAAGAUCAGCUGCUUUUGAGGGGUCUUCCCUGGCUCUGAUUGGCUGUUCUAGCCCAUCCAUCUUCCUCCUGGCCAAUGACAGCCUCCUUCACACAUGGGCCCUGCCCAAGGUGGCAGUUGGAGGUGCUCUAACUGCCACUAUCCCUGGGGGAGCUGUGGAGGCCAUGGCCAACAGGAGUGGCCGAGCCCGAGGCCAGGCUCUGGGCCUCUUCUCCCUGGCCCUGCCCGUGGGGGACUUGAGCAACUUACAUUUGAAGGAAGAGAGAGUCAAACCAGAUACUAAUGGUACUAUUGUCAAAUCCAGUGAAAAUGUAGAAAAGACAGAUGAAGAGGAGAAAGAGGAUAGAGCUGCCCAGUCAUUGCUAAAUAAGCUGAUCAGAAAUAAUCUUGUCGAUAACACCAAUCAAGUGGAGGUCCUUCAGCGGGAUCCAAAUUCCCCCCUCUAUUCAGUGAAGUCUUUUGAAGAGCUUCGGCUGAAACCUCAGCUUCUACAAGGAGUCUAUGCGAUGGGUUUCAAUCGGCCAUCUAAAAUACAAGAAAAUGCAUUACCCAUGAUGCUUGCUGAACCCCCACAGAACCUGAUCGCUCAGUCUCAGUCUGGUACUGGCAAAACAGCUGCGUUUGUGUUGGCUAUGCUUAGCCAAGUGGAACCUUUGAACAGAUACCCCCAGUGUCUGUGUCUGUCACCGACAUAUGAGCUGGCGCUUCAGACAGGAAAGGUGAUUGAACAGAUGGGCAGAUUUUAUCCAGAACUUAAGCUUGCUUAUGCUGUUCGAGGCAAUAAAUUAGAAAGAGGCCAGAAGAUCAGUGAGCAGAUCGUAAUUGGCACCCCUGGCACUGUUCUGGACUGGUGCUCCAAGCUGAAGUUCAUCGACCCCAAAAAGAUCAAGGUGUUCGUUCUGGAUGAAGCUGACGUGAUGAUAGCCACCCAAGGCCAUCAGGAUCAGAGUAUCCGCAUCCAGAGGAUGCUCCCUAAGGCUUGUCAAAUGCUGCUUUUCUCUGCUACCUUUGAAGAUUCUGUGUGGAAAUUUGCACGGAAAGUUGUCCCAGACCCAAACAUCAUCAAACUGAAACGAGAGGAAGAGACGUUGGACACCAUUAAACAGUAUUAUGUGAUGUGCAAUAACCGUGAUGAAAAGUUCCAAGCCCUUUGUAAUCUUUAUGGGGCCAUCACUAUUGCUCAAGCCAUGAUCUUCUGUCAUACCCGCAAAACAGCUGGUUGGCUGGCAGCUGAACUAUCCAAAGAAGGCCACCAGGUGGCCCUCCUGAGUGGCGAAAUGAUGGUGGAACAGAGAGCUGCUGUGAUUGAGCGUUUCCGAGAGGGCAAGGAGAAAGUGUUGGUGACUACCAAUGUGUGUGCUCGAGGUAUCGAUGUUGAACAGGUGUCUGUGGUUAUCAACUUUGACCUGCCAGUGGACAAGGAUGGGAAUCCAGACAAUGAGACAUACCUGCAUCGGAUUGGGCGCACGGGACGCUUUGGCAAGCGAGGCCUGGCCGUCAACAUGGUGGACAGCAAGCACAGCAUGAACAUUCUCAACAGGAUCCAGGAACAUUUCAAUAAGAAGAUAGACAGAUUGGACACCGAUGAUCUGGAUGAGAUUGAGAAAAUAGCCAACUGAAAAGCAUUGGCUAGAGUUGACCUACACCCUCUGGAUGUGCAUCUCCAGCUCCAUUUGGACUAUUUGUUUUUCAAAUUGGCAUAAUUCUCAGCCAGUCACCAAAAAGGACUAAGGCGGGAAUACAUAGAAAUUACCUACCUCAUUUCAAAUUACGUUUGGACUUAACAAAAAAAAAUUGUGCAAAUAAUGGGGGGAGGUAGAAAGAGAAAAAAUGUUUACACGAGCUCGUAAGAUUAGGCAUGAAUACACAGAAAUUACCUUUCUGGCAAAUUUCUCUCUUAUUUAAAGUUUAUGUGUACCAAUCUUAAAUGUAAACUAAGGACGUGUCAAAGCUUUAGUUAGUCUCUUGGCCCCCUUGUGGUAGUGUAUAGAUGUCUCUUCUUUCGCCUAGGAUAGGCAUGUAUUAGUGUAUGUACCUGUCUGCAUCUACCUGGAAAAUUGACAUUGUAGAAGUUAGGAGGAAACUGAGUGGCAGGAGCUCUGUAGUGCCAGCCACCAGGGCUGAGCCAUGCUUCACUAUUUGAUUGGGUGGAGUAAGGGAAUCGGAUGUGUUUUAUGAGUUAGAUUUACUAGGCUAGGAUGAUGGAGCAGAUCUGGGAUAUCUUUACCCAUGGUAUUUCCAGCCAGGCAAAGCAGUAAGGAAUUGGCUGAAGACUGACAAUUUUAUUUAAAUUUGGAACCUUUCUUACAUUUAGGUUUCUUUAAGGGACUGACUGGUGUACUGGCAUGAGUCAGUGCCAUUAUACUCCCUGUGGCCUGCUGGUGCCUGGUAGACAAUAUCUUUCCAGCAUCCCUAAAAUGCCCAGGAUCCUUCUAGUAGUAACAGAUGGAAAGUAGACAAAUGGUCUUAGAUCUGUUCCUUUCCAGCAGAACCAGACACUAAAGUCUUUGGUUUCUAUGACUAGACUGGAAAAGACAGAAGGAAAUAUUUGAAUGAGAUUGGAAGACACCGUGGACACCAUAGCCAGCGAUGGCCACAUAUUGUCACGCUGGCAUUGCUGUCUAGAUCCAAAAGGUAAGGCUUAGGAGGAAUCACCUGAGAUAUAUGGUAUCCUUUCCAAAUAUUGAUUCUAACUUGGUGUCUGAGGUGGCUGGUAUGCAGAUACCUGCAAUCAUAAUUAGAAGUGGACUAGAAAUACCCUUUUGAUGACCUGUUUCAUCUUCAGGCCUAAUUUCAGACUUAUUUCUGUCUUAUUCAUCAGUGGUAACCAAAAAACCACUCUGGGGCCAUCUUGCACUGAAACUUUUACACUGGUAAUAGUAAUUUGCUCUUUCUAGUAUCUGAACUAGACUGUGUAGUCUCUUUCAACAAUGACAGAAGGGCAGGAACAGUGUGGAGCCCCAACAAGGAUAAACCACAGCUAUCUGUGUGCUUCAAUGUUGCCACCCCCUUGUUCCCCCAGGAUUGGAUAUCUUAAUCUAGGUUUCUCCUCUGUUGGGUCAUUCAAGAAGAAAAAAAUCCCAAUUCUAUUGAAUAAGUAGCCCAGACUGGUGCCUCUCAAAAUAGCAUGGCCUUCCUAAGCUCACAUCCAAGGAAAGGAGUGGGAAGCAUAGCUGUUUGGUGGAUAUAAGGCCUUUUGGUGGUCCUGAUCUCCUAAGCAGAAGAGAUCCAAAGGAAAGGGUGAAUGAACCCACUGCAGCUUUUGCAGAAAUGCUGCUGCUUCUCUGACCCAACUUUCUCAACCUCAAAAGACUAAUUAUUUUUAUCAUUGAAGAAUUGCUCCAGACACCAGAUAUAAUUGCUAUAAAUGGAUUCUGAGCUUCUCUAGAUAGGGGGGUAGAUAUGCAAGAUAGUUUAUUAUAUCUAUGAGGUACACUCAUGGCACAGCUUGCUUUAUAGGUGUCCCCAUCUCUUGGGUUAUAAAGCUUCUUUCUCUCUUGUACACUGUUGGUGAGAGGCAGAACCCAUAGGAUCCUUUAAUGGCAUCUCCUUCAGUCUAAGAACGGGCAUAUCUUAAUAUCUGCUCUUUUGAGUACUGAUCAGUGUGGGCUACACUUACAUAAGAAAGCUGAUCCAUCAUCUUCAACCUUUUAAUUGAUCUUUCUGAACAUUUUUCCUUGACUUCCUUGAUGCUUUGGGGUCCAUUUUUCCUCCUCACCUUUUUCGCAACCCCAUUCUUAAACACAAGGGAAUUUCAAACUAAUCUUUACCUUUCCUCUUCAUAAAUGAAGCUAAGUGGACAGAAGGAUGGUUAGGGUUGAGAUAAUUGUCUAACCUAAUGGAAAUAUGGUUAAAGGACAGGGAGAGCAGGCUUCCUACUGGGGUGUUGGCUGGUUCUCCCAGCAUGUAUCUCAGCUGCUAUUUUAUCUUGCAGAUCCAAGAGAGAAACAGUAGAGGACAAGGGCCAGUGACCCUCUAAACGAUUCUCUAGCAGGAGGGAAAUUAGGAAAUCUAGGAGGUGUAACUGGGUCUGGUCUUUUUUCUCCCUUGAAUGCUAUGUGCUUCUCCUUUAUUGUCAGUUUCUUAUCUUUGCCUUUUCUGUCAAGCUGUCAAGCUUCUUGAGAGCUGUGGACUAUUGCUGCCUCCAUGUGGGUUAUGGCCUUCUUAAUGAAAUCUGCUAAGGCAUGUAGGACAAGGCCUUGGAUGCUAUGAAGCAUAUGUGGCAGGGAAGAGAGAAAAAUGAGUACAGUAGUCUAGAACUGCUUUAGUAGGAUCGUUUCUGGUUCUGACCUGUGCCUUUGAGCAGAGUUGCUAGUCAGCACUAGUUAGAACUCUGUAUACUGCCUGUCGAUAGAAACAAUGUCUUCAUUGGCCACUUGAGCAUCAUAUAUGACUGUAUGGAUAAAAAAAAUGCCCAAUUGUAUAUCCAUUCCCUACUUUGUUACAUUAAUAGAUUUUAACCAAUUAUGGAAAAGGUGUUACUAAGGUUUUUUUAAAUUUAUUUAUCAAUAUAGGAAGAUGGGGAACAACAUGGUUUUAGUUGCUGGAUUUUAUUUGAUUAGCCCUCUAUUGUUGACUCCUGUUGAUACAUGGUUUUACAGGUUUGUGUAUCUGCUGAAAUUAUUAUUCUGUACCUUGAACCCUAGGGUGGCCACUGUAUCAAAGACUAAAUUCACAGAAACUCAAAUCACAAGGACAUUUUGGUCAGCCCCUUUUGGGGGCCUCACACUCCUGAUCUCUGAUUAAAAAAAAUACCAAAAGGAUAUUGGCACUGCAAGCUCUUCAGGAAAAAAAGGCAGUAAGAGUAAAAUAAAAUGUCAUUGUGUUCUACCUCCUCAGCCCAGGGAAUGGAGAUGGAUGAGGCUUCAGGGUUGUUUUAUUACCACUUUUUUUUUUAAUUAACAUCAGGACUGUUGUAUAAUGGUCCAGGAAUUGAGAGAAAUUUUUUUUUUUUAAUCAUGAGAUUAGUCAGGGAAGAAGACUUCAUGAAAGAGAAGAAUUUUGAAUUUGGCUUUGAAAGAGCAAUAUAGAGUUUGGAGUAACAGGAACUGGAAGGGCAUGCUCGGCAGACAGAUGCUGAGUCUGUACACAGCUGAAGAGGCAAGGGUAAACAUGGGAUUUAUAGAGGGACCAAAGGAAAACAGUGAAUCCUGGGGAGAACAGAUUAGGUACUUGAGGUAUAAAACCUUACAGAGGAAGGGGAAUUGGAACUUGGUAGUCAGUAGGAAAUCAGAAAUCCUUAAGGGAGUGAAAUGAUGGGAUUGGUCUUCUAGGAAGAUUAAUAUGGAGGAAAUGAGGGUCAUCUCCACAGGUUCUGGUCUUUUGUGAAUACUUACAUGCCCAACGUCUCACUGAUGCCUUGGCCUAAUAAGCUCCCUUGAUGUUGGGACCUAUGGGGGAGAAGACCUAACUAUAAUAGCUUUAGUUGUAGAAGGUGAGUGGAGGAGAAAUUUAGGGAAGCCUUUCAGGUAUAUUUUAGCUCUCAGAUCCUCAGCUUUUAAAUACUUUAACCCCCUUCACCUUUACUUUUAACUAAAGGGACCUAAGUAGGAGUGAAGGAAAGGCCAGACUGAAGGCCUUCCAUCCUUGUAAACAGCCUUAUGCCUCAGCAUGGAGUGAGGGCAUGAGAGACCAUGACAGAGGGGUAUUUUGUGCGCUCCAGGAACUUUCUGAACUUUUAAAGACCCCUGUCUAGAGAUGAAUACUUUGGGGUUAAUUGCACUGCUGUGUGACUAGACCUCAGCUCUCUACCCAAUUUACUGAACUAGAGGAGAUGAGAAUAUCCAGUCUGUGGGCUCUGUGGCCCCAGGAACUGUGUGUCCAUUGUACCUCUGAACUGGCUUAUUGUUACUACUCCUAGAAACCAGGAAUGAAUGAAAACUCAGCCACAUAUUUUAUGCAUAGAAAAAAAUUUUGAUUAAACCAAAAAUCUGUUACUGCAUUAAAUUCCUGGGGAGAAUUGCACCCCAGGUCAAGAGAAAUUCUGGGAAUGGUUUUCUUAGGAAAUACUCAGCCCUGCCAGCCCAAUGGAAGUAGGCCAAUUCUCAAUAAUGUGUUGGUUGUUAAUUUUAUUAACCUAUAAGCUAAACUGAAUCAUACUGUAACAGACAAAUGUUUUAUUUUUUAAACAACAGAGACUUAAUGAUUUUUCACUUCUCUGGACAACACCCCUUAUACCAUUCAUUGUUGCCUUUUUCUGAACAUCUUGAUGCUGGAGGGGAUGGUUUCAGACAGAACCCGGAUACCUGCAAAGUACAGAAAACUGACAUGGUUACAAGUGAGUCUCACUAUAUGCACCAUUAGUCAAUCUCUCUGGGCAAGUCAGUGCUAAUAGUUUUCUUAGGCCAUCUGUUAAUUAUGGCUCACAUUUAUGUGCUGAAUACAUAGCCACUCAGUAAAUACUUGUCAAAUUUAAGUAACCUAGGCCUUCUACUUUGGAGCAUGCCAGGUAGUUAAGAUGUCACGUAGAAUAAUAAGUUAGAUUGGGAGUAUUUUAUUCUGGAGUCAUCUGUGGGGACUAACCUCCUUAAAAUGUGAAGUUCAUUUAUCCAGUGAAUGUCUUGUCUUCAAAGUCAUAGUGGCUUCUUGUAGAAUGGGUUGUGUAUGAGCAGCAGAAAUCAUGUAGGUCUCACAUCUCUUCCAUGCUUCCUGCUUGAGAAAUCCCUGAAGCAUAUUUCCCCUUAGCGCCCCAUUUAAUCCACUAUAAAAUGAUUUGUGAAAUGUUUUAUUUAGUGCUCUCCAGAAGCUUCACAAGUAUGAAUGAAUUAAUAGAAUGUACGCUCCUUGAGAGUAGGGAUUGUCUCAGUCUUUGUAUUCCCAGCACAGUGCCUGAUACGUAGUAGGUGCUUAAUAAAUGUUGAUUGAUGUAUUGGUUGGUGGAUUCUUUUCAAGUUGCUGCCGCCAGGGGAAAGUUCCAAGGACUUGACAUUAUCACCAUUAUUUUAACUAUAGCCAGCGGGGUAAUUCUCUGCAGCUAUUUGUCUAAAAGGAAAAAUAAGAGAAUGUUGAUAACGUUUCUUUCCCUUUAUUAAAGACCAAUAAAAUGCUCCUUCCUGUC